AUGCCAGGAAACAAUUAUAACUGCAAUCCUUCCACACCCAGAAGUAGAUUGGAAAGGCUUCUCAGGGAAAGAGAGCUAAGGAGAUCAAACCGCUUUUUGCAUCCAAUUGAAGAUGGAAACAGACAGGCAGAACUCUUAGGGAAUGAUAAUUUUUUGACUGAGGGUGAAAAUUUUGGUCUAUCUAGUGAGGAAGAUUUUCCGGAAGGGGUUGCUGCGGCAAAAGCUUUUGCCGAUGGAUGUGAAUGGAAAGAGGGACGGACUCCUAAGCAACGUUUAUUGGUGGUGGCUAACAGGUUACCUGUCUCUGCAGUUAGGAAGGGUGAGGACUCAUGGCAGCUUGAGAUGAGUGUAGGAGGGCUAGUCAGUGCACUUUUAGGCGUGAAGGAGUUUGAUGCAAGAUGGAUUGGUUGGGCUGGUGUAAAUGUACCUGAUAGUGUUGGACAAAAAGCACUGACUAAAGCUUUAGCUGAAAAGAGGUGCAUCCCAGUGUUUCUUGACGAAGAAAUUGUUCAUCAAUAUUACAAUGGUUAUUGUAACAACAUCUUGUGGCCACUUUUCCAUUAUCUUGGACUUCCACAAGAAGACCGCCUUGCAACCACCCGAAGUUUCCAAUCUCAGUUGAUGCAUAUAAGAAGGCAAACCAAAUGUUUGCUGAUGUUGUACACAAACACUACCUGGAUGGAGAUGUUGUUUGGUGCCACGAUUACCACCUCAUGUUUCUUCCUAAAUGCCUAA